ACUGCUGAGAGAGCUAUGUGCUGAAGUUGGAGAUCCUGAUAAAAUGGGAGCGCUCACGUUCCUUGCGACUUGCGGUUUGCUUCUAACUCUGGUGCAAGGACACAGCUUGUUCACCUGUGAGCCAAUUACUAUCGCCAGGUGUUCAGGAAUGCCUUACAACAUGACUUUUUUUCCCAACGUCAUGGGACACUAUGAUCAGGACACGGCUGCUCUCCGAAUGGAGCCUUUUCUUACGCUGAUGAAUCUUCACUGUUCUCCAGACGUCCACACGUUUCUCUGCAAAGCUUUUGUCCCUGUCUGCCUGGAGCAAGUGAAUGUGAUCCACCCUUGUCGAAGCCUCUGUGAGAAAGUCUAUUCUGACUGUAAGCAGCUAAUGGACACUUUUGGAAUCACUUGGCCUGAAGAGCUGGAAUGUGCCAGACUAACAAAUUGUGAUGAGACUGUUCCUGCCACUGCUGCUGUGACCACAAACGUGCAUGGAGCUCUGAAGACCCCAGGCCAGACGCGAAGGGAUUAUGGAUUCUGGUGUCCCCGACACCUGCACACUACCAACGGGCAAGGCUACAAGUUCCUGGGGAUUGAUCAGUGCGCGCCCCCCUGCCCCAAUAUGUACUUCAAAAAUUACGAGUUGGACGUUGCAAAAAGCUUCAUUGGAAUAGUUUCAAUCUUCUGCCUUUGUGCCACGCUUUUCACAUUCCUGACUUUUCUGAUUGAUGUGAAAAGGUUCAGGUACCCGGAGAGGCCAAUCAUCUACUACUCCGUCUGUUACAGCAUAGUUUCCCUGAUGUACUUCAUUGGAUUUUUACUCGGGAACAGGACUGCCUGUAACGAGGCAGAUGAUAAGUUAGAAAUCGGUGAAACAGUUGUGCUUGGCUCCCAAAACAAAGCCUGUACUGUCCUUUUCAUGGCUUUGUAUUUUUUCACCAUGGCAGGAACUAUCUGGUGGGUGAUUCUGACCAUCACUUGGUUCCUGGCGGCGGGAAGGAAAUGGAGCUGUGAAGCCAUUGCACAAAAGGCCAUGUGGUUCCACGCAGUAGCCUGGGGCAUACCUGGGUUCCUAACCAUUAUGCUCCUUGCAAUGAACAAAGUCGAAGGGGACAAUAUCAGUGGAGUUUGUUUUGUGGGUCUCUACGAUGUGGAUGCCUCUCUGUACUUUGUGCUUUUGCCCUUGUGCCUCUGUGUGUUUUUGGGCCUGUCUCUGCUUUUGGCUGGUAUCAUCUCUUUAAAUCACGUCAGGCAGGUCAUACAGCACGAUGGCAGGAACCAGGAGAAGCUAAAGAAGUUCAUGAUCCGAAUUGGAGUUUUUAGUGGUUUGUACCUGGUGCCGCUCGUCGCACUGCUUGGAUGUUAUGGCUAUGAACUGGUGAACCGCAAGGUCUGGGAAACGACUUGGGUGUUCGACCACUGUGACCAGUACCAUAUUCCUUGUCCCUAUCAGGCAAAAGCACUAGCAAGACCAGAAAUAUUUUUGUUUCUGAUGAAAUAUUUGCUGACAUUGAUCGUUGGCAUAUCGCCGGUCUUCUGGGUGGGCAGUAAGAAGACUUGCUCUGAAUGGGCCAAUUUCUUCAACAGGAACCGCAAAAGAGACCCAAUCAGUGAGAGUCGCAGAGUGCUGCAAGAAUCCUGUGAAUUUUUCUUGAGGCACAAUUCCAAAGUUAAACAUAAAAAGAAGCACUACAAAUCGACUUCACGCAGACUGAAAGUCAUUUCCAAGUCGAUGGGGACUAGUACAGGUGGCACAGCAAAUCAUGGAACUUCUGCAGUGGCCAUCACUAAUCAUGAUUAUUUAAGCCACGAAACUGUGGCAGAAAUUAAAACCUCUCCAGAGACGUCCGAGAAAGAGCUCGAGGCAGAUGGGACAUCAGCCCGAAGAGUGGAGGAAGGAGAGAACAGUGGAGAUCAAAUGUUACCUGGUUCUAAACUGACUGUGGAUCAGGGGGAAAAGAGGAACAAAGCAGACAGCACAUGUGAGAUGAGUAGCUUGGCUGAGAGCAUGAAGAGAGGAGGUGAAGGAAGGAUAACUCCUAAAAGUGAUUUUGUUGAAUCUCCUUCGCUACAAAGCAGCUGUUCCCAAAUCCCUGAUGUCUCACAGGCAGCUUCUGUACCACUGCUUGUCUACUCUGCUUCAGACACCAGAAGAGAGCUGGAUUCAGGAAACAGCUCAAACCUUUGAAAGGUUGAAAUUUUCCUUGAACAUUUUCAGUGCCUAAAACUGAUAGGGAUUCUGUGUUACACUGGAAAGAAUGGAUAUCCUGUGCCUUAUUAUUAAAUAACACACAUACCUUGCUUUGCACUUAAGGAAUGUUGUAAGUACUGUAUUUUAGUCCUAUCCAGGAAUAAUGGGAAUUAAAGUGGGACACAGCUAGGUUGA